UCCACAGCACAGCACAGCACAGCAUGGCCCGCCGCCACAGGUCCUCCGCCCCCGCGCAGUCAGAGUCGGCCGCGCUGCUGCCCCUGCUGCUCAUGCUGACCCUGCCGGCGCUGCUGUCCGUGGCCGGCGCCGCCCCCGCGCCCGCACCGCCCGCCGUCGACGCCAUCAGCAUCGAGUCCAGGGCCAUCCGGCCGCCCAUCCCCCAGCCGCCCGACUACCAGGACUACCAGUCCGCUGUCCGAUACGACGAGUACCCCGUGGUGGUUCCCAAGCGGACGGCGCUGCUGCUGGACCGCCUGAUGGUCGACCUGAAGCACCUCAUGGACAAGGACCGCGGCGAGGCGCAGAACCCCAUCGACAGCGGAUCAUCCAUUAGCCGGAUGGCGCUGCAGCGUCGCGGGCAGAAGACGGGCCAGUACUGGCGCUGCUACUUCAACGCCGUCACUUGCUUCCGGCGGAAGUGAGCCGCCAGCUAGCCCUCGUCGCCUGCAACAACGGAUCUCUUGUGUUCACUCUCUGUCUCUCUACCUAUCUCGCUCUCUAAAUUUCUUCUAAAGAGUUUAUUAAAACAUUCUUAAUAAUUCCA